AUGUACGCAAACCUUGUCUGCUCGCCUGCGCUGGGUCAGACCACAGUGGUGGCUCCAGGCACGCAACGCGUACGGUUCACCGCACUAAUCGAAACCGAAUCGGACAAAGCUUGGGAGGUGGCACUUUGGCACAACCAUGGCCAUCCUGACACCUGGGAAAAGCUGAUGCUCAGCGAAGAUGAGCCACAAGCUCAGCUCUUCGUCGACCAUGGAGAUGCCAACAACUGUCGAAGGCGAUGGUUCUCGGGAGAAUUGACCGGACCACCCCGUGGACGAUCCCAUGCCUCAUUCACAAUCACUUUCAGAGCCGGGAAAGACGAGCCGUGGAAAUGGGCGAACGAACAAUUUUCCUUUUCGGAUGGACAUCUUAUCUACCAGGCCGACAUCCCUCAAGCUGGAUUGUCGCAAUACAUCAGCAACAUUAGCUCCGACCUUGUUGUUGACGAGCAGGCCGCCCAGACGCCCAACACGCUUCUUUGGACGGUGUCUGGAAAAGUCGGCCCAGCGUCCGGCAGUACAUCUGGUUGGGCUCACCACACUCUGGGCAAACCUGUUGAAUGUCAUAAGUGGUUUGCUCUUGUCCGACUUUGGAGCCCUUGGUUGGCUCCGCGACAUGGCAAGGGGGAUUUCGCUCCUGAUAAAGAAGCAGUCCUUGCUUCUUUUCUGCGAAACGACGGCCAGCACGUCGUGAUACUCGCUGUCAGUGUCAGCGAUGUGCUUACUGAGCUUGUUCAUCAAGAUGGCCACGUCCAGAUCAGAGGACGAAACGAUGGUGAAGAACAAGAUGCAACUGCUAUCGUUGCAGUCUCCAGCUCUUUCGAGAUUGCCAAUGCCGCCACCAUGUACCAUGCUCGACGACUUGUUAUGAAGUACGGGAGUCCUGACGGCACCUCCGGCAACUCUGGCAGCACAAUCGAGGCUGAAAUGAAAGAAGUUGAAGGGAAUAAGUUAAAAGCUCAAUGGCUGGAAGAGUGGUAUGAUGGUCUUGCAUACUGUACCUGGAACGGACUGGGUCAGCACCUAACGGAAGCCGCAAUCUUCAAUGCCUUGGAUCAACUGGAGAGCAACGAUAUCAACGUGACGAACCUGAUAAUCGAUGACAACUGGCAGUCCCUGGAUCACGAAGGCGAAGACCAGUUCAAACGCGGAUGGAAGGAAUUCGAAGCGAACAAGGCUGGAUUUCCCAAUGGGCUGGCACAUACAGCUAGAACUAUUCGCGAAAGGCACAAGAACAUUUCACACAUUGCUGUGUGGCACGCCAUCCUUGGCUACUGGGGCGGAAUAUCCCCAGAUGGGAAGAUCGCUGAUGAGUAUCAGACUGCCGAGGUUCAAAAGAAGCCUGGAGUGUCUGCAGGGAAAAUGCUGGUAGUUGAUGAACAAGAUGUUCAUCGUCUCUACCAGGACUUCUACUCUUUCCUCGAAUCGGCUGGAAUCGACUCCGUGAAGACGGAUGCCCAGUUCUUUCUCGACGAGUUAGAUACGGCGCCUGAAAGAAGACGCUUGAUUAAAACUUAUCAGGAUGCCUGGAGCAUAAACAUCCUUCGCCACUUCUCUGCAAAAGCUAUUUCCUGCAUGUCUCAGGUUCCUCAGAUUCUUUUCCAUUCUCAGAUGCCUACGAACAAGCCUCGUUUGAUGGUCCGAAAUUCGGAUGAUUUUUUCCCAGAGGUUCCGGCAUCCCACCCAUGGCAUAUUUUCUGCAAUGCAUAUAACGCCCUUUUCACUCAGCAUUUGAACGUCCUGCCCGACUGGGAUAUGUUUCAAACGUCGCAUCCCUGGGCUACUUUCCACGGAGCAGCCCGUUGCGUCUCCGGUGGACCCAUAUACAUCACUGACGUGCCUGGCCAGCACGACGUGGAUCUUAUCCGCCAGAUGACAGCUAACACGCCACGUGGAGACACCGUAAUCCUUCGGCCUGAUGUAAUUGGGAAGACAAUCGACGCCUACGCGGGUUACGAUGAGCACCAGCUGCUGAAAAUUGGAACCUAUGUGGGCAGAGCACAAACCGGCACCGGUAUCUUAGGUGUUUUCAACACCACCCAGCGACGCUUGACAGAGCUCCUAACGCUCGACCAGUUCCCUGGGACUGAAUUUGGAACCUACGUGGUACGCUCCCACAGAACUGGCCAAACAUCUUCUCCAUUCAGCCGCCAGUCUACAGCAUUUGUGCAUGUUGACAUUGCGGUGCAAAGUUGGGAAAUCCUUUCCGCAGUACCAGUCGGCUCCUAUGAGCUUCCAAGGCUUUCUGGUCAUGGCUCUGGUAGUCCCAAAGUCGACGUUGCUGUUCUCGGUCUGCUUGGCAAGAUGACCGGAUCGGCGGCCAUUGUGAAUACCGAUUCUUACGUUGAGCGGGAAGGGGGUCGGCACUUGCGUGUUUGGACUUCGCUCAAGGCUCUUGGCACCUACGGUCUUUGGAUCUCGGACCUUGAGAACAGGAACUUGGAGACUGACUUUCUGGCGCUACUGUUCGGACAACCAAUCUCGCUGGGUUGUGUUGCGAAGAAUGAGAAUGUCCUCGAGAUCGACCUUGCAAGAGCCUGGAAAGAGAAUGAUCAAAAAGCCGGCUGGAGCAAUGAAGUGGCUAUUGAAGUCAUUAUUCGCUAA